AUGGCGGCUGGUGCUGCGCGGGGAGUGCUCCGGGGCCUGGCAGUGGCGGGUGGAGGCGAGAGUAGCGACAGCGAGGAUGACGGCUGGGAGAUUGGGUGUCUGGACAGAUCGUCUCAGAAAUUUAGAAAGCCGUUGCCCAUAGAAGAAAAGAAUGAAGCAUUUAAGAAAGCAUUGACAACUGGAGAUAUUUCCUUAGUGGAGCAGCUUCUAGAUUCUGGUAUUAGUGUAGAUUCCAGCUUUUGCUAUGGAUGGACUCCUCUUAUGUAUGCUGCCAGCAUUGCCAAUGUAGAGCUGGUUCGGUUCCUUUUGGAUAGAGGUGCUAAUGCAAGCUUCAAUAAAGAUAAGCUAACUAUUUUGAUAACUGCAUGUUCUGCUCGUGGGUCAGAGGAACAGAUCUUGAAGUGUGUAGAGCUACUACUUUCACGAAAUGCUGAUCCAAAUAUUGCUUGUAG